GGAGUCGGUGAAGGGAUCUCGGCGGAUGUUGGCGUCCCAGGACGUGGUAUCCCAGAUCACCCAGCCCCGCAGGGGCUUCAUCCAGCGGGGGGACCUGCGGCGGCACGAGCUCUCCCACUCGGGCGAGCAGCCGUUCAGCUGCCCCCAGUGCAGGAGGGGCUUCAGCCUGCCGGGCUCUCUGAAAGCCCACCAGCUGGUGCACAUGGGGGAGAGACCCGGGCGCACUCGCGCGCGGGGUGGGACGGUGCCCCUGCCGCUGCCCGCGCGGGAGGGGUCUUAGCGCCGCGCGGGC